UAAGGCUCAGCUUUCAAUGGUCAUUGGGGUUGGUCACUGAGAUCGAAGAAGCGACCCCUUUGGAGAACAGGGGAAAAGGAAGGGAAAGGAGAGACCUUUGAAGGGGGUCUCUUCCGUUCAGAGUCAUGAUGACCCU